AGGAGAAGGAUUUUCGUUUGUCCAUUAGCUGCUGCCCCAUAGUACGUACUCCGUAUCUGGAGCAUCGGAUUGUCCAUUAGACAGACAAGUCUAGGUAGAAGUUGAGCUUGAAUCGCCGCAUUGCGUACUCGGGAAGUACAACAAGACCAAUGGUUUCCGCUACGAAAAAGCUCGUCGUCGCAGCCUCUGCUGCCCUUGCGUCCCUCGCAUCUGCAGACAGCGUCGCUCAUUUGACGCAAGCAAAUUUUGAAAAAGAAGCGAUGAAAUCCGGGAAAGGAGCUCUCGUAUGAAUUUUGUGCUUUUUCUGUCAUGCAUGCCGCUAAUCACAGCGACAGCCGUGUAGACGUUUCUGUGUAUAGCCGAAAUUAGUGCGAAGACGCGCUCUCAUCUAGGUCUACGUUCUUUACCUUCCGAGUACACAAAACUGAAACUCAAUUUCAAUUUACCAAUCUAUCAGAUCAAAUUUUUCGCGCCCUGGUGUGGGCACUGCAAAGCCCUCCGUCCGGCGUGGGACAAGCUUGCCGAUGAUUUCAAAAACGACCCGAGCGUUUUGAUCGCCGAUGUCGAUUGCACCGUGGAAGAUUCCGUUUGCCAGCGGUUUGACGUACGCGGGUACCCGACCCUCAAGUACUACAACGCGGAGUCUGGGGUCACACUGCAGGAUUAUCAAGGAGGUAAAAUUGACGUCAAGGGAUAAGGACGUCGAAAAAGUGAAACACUUAAUUCAUGCACAAGAAUGUGAUAUGAUGCGCAGACGGUUUUUUAUUCAAUGUGCAUGUCAUGCGGAAAUACUUGUCUGCAUUUUUUCGAACAUUACUCUUUUCAGGUCGCGACGGCGACUCGUUGACGAAAUUCGUCAAAGAGAAAUUGGCCUCGCAGUGCAGCGUUAAGGAGCAAAAGGAGUGCAGCGACAAGGAGAAGACCUUUAUUGCGAAGUGGCAACCGAAAACGAAGACCGACCAGGAUAAGGAGUAUUCAUUGUUGGGAUUGCAUGACACAUCAAUUUCGCACGUUGAACUUGAAUCAAGAAUGGAUACCUUGUUACAUUCUGUCAUGCAUUGUCCUAGUCCAAAAACCAAAACGACAAAAGGUGGAACCGGUUGAAAAAGUUGGCGCUGGGCAACAUGACGACGGAAAAGAAGGCCUGGGUCAUCAAGCGCAACAGCUUGUUGGGUGAGAUGUUCUAUGAGAUGUGACAAGGAUAAUCGUUUCUGCAAUGCUAGUUGUGCAUGACUUUGUCAUGCGUAGUUAAACGGCUGGGGUAGCAUUGCAGAAACGAUAUCUUGUUUCAUCACUUGGAUAAUCUGGGAAAGAGCAUGGUGGACGUGGAGCACGACGACCUGGACGACGAUGAUGAGUUGUAGAUGCCGUCUAUGCAAUUCGUGUGUAGGUGAAUCUGCAUGACAAAUUUACAACACUUUUUCAAGGCUGGCUAGGCAACAUUCUCCGUCGUAGUUGUACCGCUAUCCGAGACCCCCUGUGGCGGUCGCGUCCUGAAGCACCAGUGUAGUAUAGAAAAAAGCUUCUCCAAAAACCGUUCGCAUUCUCAAUACACACGGGUCCAAGAACACGAACAUGUUGGUAGGUGGAUUGACGAAACAACGGGCGAGUAAGAACUGCACAACUCAACACGCGUAAGUAGUGUACUCAUCUCAACGUCAACCUCCCCGAGAUGCACUGUGUCCUGUUUUUGUGAUGUCUUUGUUUAAUAUCCACCCUUUUAAACAAUGGCAUUGUUUGGAGCGAAACAAAGAGUGGAAACAAACGUGGUUUAAG